UGACAUCACAAGUGCCCCCCGUAAGCAGCUGUCCCUCAGCGUCACAGAAUGCUCCCGGAUCUGACCGUGUGAUUGUUUUCCAACAGAGACAGCACGAGCACGUACAUGUCCAAGGCUAUAAAGUCCACAUAUGGGACAUAUAACUGAGGAUUACUGUACUCGUGCUGCUUCAUUGAUGGCCAAGUUAAACCACCAGAGAAUGCAGGCUCAGUUCUGUGACUGUGUCAUCAGGAAGGGACUAGGCCAGGUCUACCCUGUGCACAGGUGUAUCUUGGCUGCCUCCAGCCCAGUGCUUGCUUCUAUCCUGGAUUCUAGUGGCGUCUUAGUGGAGCUGGAGGCCCCUUGUCUGUCUGACUGUAUCCUGGGAUAUUUGCUGGACUACAUCUACACUGGCACUUUGCCACAAUUGGAUUACAAACUUUAUUCAUAUUUGCUUGCUGCUGCUCAAUACCUGGAGAUGGAUGAACUACAACUAACUAUAAGGACUAAAGCAGCAGAUACACAUGAAUAUUGCAAUACAACAGAUGAAGCCAAUAGAUUUACUUUAUUAACACCAAGGAUAGAUUGUUAUAAAAACCCAUCAGAAUCUCCACUCCACUACUGCAGUGAUUGUGUCUAUAUUAAAAGCAAACCAGAUGUCACCAAUUCUGUAAGUUCAGAGACAGAUCAGACAUCUGAUAUUACAGGACGCUCUGACCAAAAGCAACAACUGUCAAUAGUGUGCCAAGACAAAGGGAAGAAUCAGUCAUCUGGAGCUAUAAAACCAGAGACUUGGCACAAAAACGAACAGGAAGAGGCCAGAUCACAUCUAUUUGUCUCAACUCAAGAACAAGAGAAUGAACCAACCCAAAUUGAGAAGACACAAGGUUUUUGCAAACAUAGCAACGUUAAAAAUGAAAAAAUACAAUCAAAUUCAAGAGAAGGCAAGAAUCAUAAUUCUUCCUGCAGUUCUACAUCUGUUAUCCGCCAUAUUAGCAGAGUAACAAGAGUACCUGAGGGCAAUGUGGCUAUAAAACUUCCUCAUGCCACUGAGCCCUGCACUGGCCAGAUCAUAACAGAAAGAACAUACAGUGACAUUGCUGAAGACACAAAGGCCUCAUAUCUCCAAUUCAUCAACCAGGAUCUGGAAUACACUACUGCUCAGGACUACAGAAGCUGCAGUGUGAAUCUGUUCGGGAAUAAUAAUCUUGACAAUUUUGAGAAAGAUUCUAAUAAAAAUGAACAGACGCCAGCAAAUGUGUCAGACUCGUCAUCACAUGUGCAGCAAGCUUUUCAGUGCUCCCUGUGUGAGCGCUCCUUCAGCCAGAGAGGAUCACUGAACAGACACGUAAGGAGCCAUCUUGGAGUUCGGCCAUUCCCCUGUCCACAGUGUCCCAUGUCAUUUUCGCGGCAGUACCGUGUUGUAGAGCACAUGCGUGUUCACCAGCGCUCAGUCCUCGGGAUGGACUUUCCAAAGCCGCCAGCCUCUUCAGUUUAA